CGGCUCUCGGGACCGUUUGUGUCAACGUCCGCGCUUUUCCAGAGUGGGCUACGUUUCUCACAGGCCCUGGGGGAGGUAGUGAACCUCAUCCUCCGGUUCAUUUUCCGCUAGGCUUGCGGUCACCGUUUUCCGUGUGGUAUUUCCAAAGGAGAAAUGGAAACAUGCCAGCUUUAUUGAUAAUAUAUAAAACCUGGAAAUAAAUAAAAUGUUCACCAAGAGAAAAAAAUGAAUAAAUUGUGGUAUAUUCACACAACUGAAUGCUAUCCAUAAAUAAAAAGAAUGAACUACACAUUAAUAAACCUUACAAAACCAGGAUGUGCAAAGGAGACAUAUGUAAUUGCAGAACUGACAAAACUAAAUUACGGCGACGUAUCUCACAACUAUGACUGUCUCUGUUGUGAGACCGACUGAAAAAGGACACCAGAGAACUUCCCGGCAGUAACGAUAUAAAACCCGCACCAGGGCAGGUAUACACAUACUGAGCGUCUGCUGUGUGCCAGAUGCCAUUCUGGGUGCUGGGGCUUUCUCAAGAGGUAAACUGACAACAAAACUCGUCACUCUGGUUCACAACCACGGAUCUGGGGUCCCGCACAUAUAGGCCUGCGUGUAGAGAAACCUCGACAGGCACCGGCUUCCAGUUCUCGCCUCAGCCAUUUCCACCCAAACCGCGGUACCCGCUUCAGCCCUUCUUGGCCCGACCGUCCUCAGCACGGAUUCCCGAUUCUCUCCCUGGUCCUCCUCGAUCAGGUUCCUGAUUCCCUCUUUUCACCUCAACGCUCCGGGUCUGGGGAUUCCGGUUCUCACCGGGUCCUCCCGGACACAGGUUUUUCCAGUCUUCCUCCUGGCCCCGCCUCCAGGCUUCCGCUUCCCUUUUCUUUCCUUCCCCCGCCCAGGUUUCCAAUUACUUCCUGGGCUGGGGCUCUAGUUCAACCCAGGAUCCCUCGCUCCCAAAACGCCGGCUCUUCGGCGUCUGAAGAACCGCCAGCGUCAACCCUCCUCCGCCCAGGAGGAGCGACCCGCUCACCCUGAAACCCCCAGGAGUCUCCGGGGCGUGGCGUGGACUUUGCGACCUUUGCCCUCCCCGCGGCGCUCGAAAACCUGGACAUUUUCAGUGGUGGACUACGUUUCCCACAGGCCCCAGGGCUACGAAUGAACGUCGACUUUUGGUUCCCCUUCCGGUAUCGUCGUGGUUAUUGGGUUAUGCCUGUUCUGCAGGAGAAGCCCCCUGAAGUGGAGGAGAGCUUUGCCACUUAAAGGCCCAUUCAAGAUAUUAAACCACCUUUGCAGCCCAGGAAUAAAUCCCACUUCAUCAUGUUUUGAUGGAGGAGCAUGUCAUUGGAGUUCCUCACACUGUCAUGGCAGAAAUGCAACUCCCGGACCAAUUCUUUACAGUUCUAAGCAUGGAUCAUGAAUUGGUGACAUUCGGGGAUGUGGUCAUCAGCUUCUCUCAAGAGGAAUGGGAAUAUCUAGAUUCAGCUCAGAGGGACUUGUAUUGGGAUGUGAUGAUGGAGAACUACAGCAACUUGGUCUCACUGGAUUUGGAGUCCAAGUAUGACACAAAGUGUUCAUCUACUAGAAAGGACAUCACUGAAAAAAGUGGUUCUCAGUGGAAAGUAACAGAAAGUAAAUUCAUUGGUCUUGCCAGAAAUGACUGGCAAAGCAAAAGCAAGACUGAAGUACAAAGACCUGAAGUGGGAUAUUUCAGCCAAAUGAAAAUCAACUCUGAAAAAGUGCCCAAUUACAGACAUUGUAAGUCUCUUAUAUCGCAUCAGAGAGUUCAUGAUAGCAAGAAGCCCCAUGCAUAUAAGGAAUAUGGGAGGGUCCUUAGCUGUGACUUAAAUUUUGAUGAAUAUGAGAGAAUACAUACUAGUGAGAAAACAUAUCAAUAUAACGCAUAUUGGAAAACCUUUGGAGAUGACCCACAUACCCUACAACUGAAUAUACAUAGUGGUGUGAAACCUCGUAAAUACAUGGAAUAUGAGAAUGCAUUUAGUUUUUAUGAAGACCUUAGUAUACAGAAAAUGCAUGAUUAUCAGAAGUGCUAUAAAUGUAAGGAAUAUGAAAGAACCAUUGGAAGAGUUGAAGAAAUAACUCCACUUCAAAUAAUUCAUGAUGGUGAGAAACCCUAUGAAUGCACUUUCUGUGGGAAAUCCUUUAGAGUGCCUGCACAACUUACUCGACACCAGAAAAUCCAUACUGAUGAGAAACCUUACAAAUGUAUGGAAUGUGGCAAGGACUUUAGAUUCCAUUCACAGCUAACUGAACAUCAGAGAAUUCAUACUGGUGAGAAACCAUACAAAUGUAUACAAUGUGAGAAAGUCUUUAGAAUUAGCUCACAGCUUAUUGAACAUCAGAGAAUUCAUACAGGUGAGAAACCUUAUGCAUGUAAAGAAUGUGGGAAGACCUUUGGAGUCUGUAGAGAACUUGCUCGACAUCAGAGAAUUCAUACCGGAAAGAAACCCUAUGAAUGCAAGGCAUGUGGAAAGGUCUUUAGAAACAGUUCAUCCCUGACUAGACAUCAGAGAAUUCAUACUGGUGAGAAACCCUAUAAAUGCAAGGAAUGUGGGAAAGCUUUUGGAGUAGGUAGUGAACUUACUCGACAUCAGAGAAUUCACAGUGGUCAGAAACCUUAUGAAUGUAAAGAGUGUGGAAAGUUCUUUAGACUUACAUCAGCACUUAUUCAACAUCAGAGGAUUCACAGUGGUGAAAAACCUUAUGAAUGUAAGGUAUGUGGGAAGGCUUUCAGACAUAGUUCGGCCCUUACUGAACAUCAGAGAAUUCAUACUGGAGAGAAACCUUAUGAAUGCAAGGCAUGUGGGAAGGCCUUUAGACAUAGUUCAUCUUUUACAAAACAUCAGAGAAUUCAUACUGGUAAGAAACCCUAUGAAUGUAAGGGAUGUGGGAGUGCCUUUAGUGUGGGUAAGCACCUUACCUGAUAUCGAAAAAGUUGUACUGCUGUUUUGUCUUUUGAAUGACAGACUGCACAAAAGCCUUUUGUUUCUGAGUUUCACUGGGAAAGUCCAUGCAUUGUAAUAAGUAGUAAUCAAGGGGAUUAUGUUGCUCUAUUGUUUCCAGACUUCCUGGCCACUCUAUUUAGAAGUAGAAUUACUCAGUGAUAGGUGACAUAUACUUUGUUUUGUUAGAUAUCGCCAAAUAUUUGUUUUUGUUUCUCCUUUUUAUAUCAGUUAACAUUCUGAAUAUCCAUUUAGAUAGGGUGGUCCCUGUUCAUUUCUGAUAUGUGUGGAAAAUGUGUUUCACUAAUCAUUAAUUAGAGUCAAUUUCACAUGAAUUUCUUUUCCAGGCAUAUUUUGUUUAUAGUUAUUUUUGAUGUUUGUGGUUUUGUUCUUUUCUCUAUUGUUUUUGGCUUAUUAAUUUGUAAUAUUAUUCAAAUAAAUCUUUUGCAUUCUAA